GCGGCGGCUGCCAUGUCGCUGGCGCUCAGUGACCUGCGGACGCUGCAGGGCUCCGGAGCGUCCAUCCUGCGGCUGUUGGGCGUCUGGUGGUCGCAGGGCCGGCUGGGGCGCCUCCGCUCCGCCGCCUCCGCCAUCGUCACGCUCUCUGCUUAUGUCUGGCUGACCGUUUUCGCUGCCCUCAAGCUCAUAAUCGACCCCCCGGAACAGCUGGAGGACAUCUCGCUCUGCUGCUUCGUUAUUGUAAUCUGUUUCGGCUACUUUAUCAAGGUUGCGUUCUUCAUCUACAAACGUGACGCCCUGCGAGAGCUGCUGCAGAUUCUGUCCGACGUCAGGGGAAGUUAUGGUAACGGCAAAAGCAGUCACAGGAUCCGGAGCCGAAACCAAAAGCUGUCACGCCGCCUGUACAUAUUCAUGCAGGUGGCUCUCAUCCAGGGUCUCGUCGCGUGGCUUUCCACUCCGCUGCUGGCUCGCGUUUUCCUCGCCUCGGACCAGGAGUCACCUGAAUCUGCUCGCCAGUUCCCCGUACCCCUCUGGUUCCCUGAGUAUAUGUAUCAGUCACCCUCGUAUGAACUACUCUAUGUUGUUCAAGCUUUCUGCCUGCUAGUAGGGACGCAGUCUGCUACUUGCGUGGACGCCUUCUUUAUUCACAUAAUGCUGGUGGUGGCAGCUGAGCUAGAAGUUCUGAACGGAAACAUUACAGCCAUGCAGAAGGAUCGCCUUACGGUUCAAGGAACGGAAUAUCAACAGAGGAGUCAUCUGACUGUACCUAAACGCGACGGGUGGACCGUUGAAAGCAAUGAUUAUCUUCAAAGUACUGAGCACGUGUCAUUCGAGAGCAUCGCAAACGAUAUGUAUCUGCAACUGGUAAAGAACAUUCACCAUCAUCAUGAAAUUCUCAGAUCUGUCUCCUUCUUGCAGAGAGUAAUGAAUGUAUCAAUCUUCAUUCUUCUUUUCGUCAACAUGGCGGACUUGUGUUCCUGUAUCUUUGUUUCCGCUGUGGUGUUGCAGAGAGACGGGCAUAUAACAAAGGCGCUGAAGCCACUGAUGACGAUCCCUCCUAUACUGUAUGAAACCGGCCUGUACUGCAUUGCCGGGCAGAUGUUAACUGAUCAGAGUGAGAAGCUGGUCAACUCGGCCGCCAGCUGUGACUGGGCAGACUGCGACGCCCGCUUCAAGAGGAGCCUCCUGGUCUUCAUAACGGUGGCUGCGAGACCUCUCGAGAUCACUGUAGGCAAGACGUGCAAGCUGUCCAAGCAGAUGCUGGUGCAGGUGCUGAAUGGAACAUACGGCCUGUUGAACUUACUGUAUCAUUUUCAUGGUACUCAGUGAAAUGACAUAACACGGACAAGAUAUGAAAUCCACACCACUGUAGAAACGCCAUGCAUGAAAUGUAA